AGAUUAGUAGAGAAGAGAAAUCACCGGAAGCUGCAGAGAGAGGGAGCUGUGAGACCAUUUCCAUGGCGUCGAAGCUUCUAAUAAUCACAGUCUUCAUCCUCGAUCUCGUAGCUUUCGGAUUGGCCAUCGCCGCCGAGCAGAGAAGAAAUGUCGGUAAACCUCAAAUGGACAAGGAAAAGCAAUACCAGUUCUGUGUGUAUGAUUCGGACAUAGCUACAAGCUAUGGAGCUGGUGCAUUCGUGCUCCUCCUGAUCAGUCAAGUCCUUGUUAUGGUGGCUAGUCGGUGCUUUUGCUGCGGCAAGGCUCUUAAUCCCGGCGGUUCUAGAGCUUGCUCCAUCUUUCUCUUCCUCCUCUGCUGGAUAUUUUUCCUAAUCGCGGAGAUAUGCUUACUGGCCGCAUCCAUAAGAAACGCAUACCACACAAAGUACACGAGACGGUUCUUCGAAGAUGCUCCGAGUUGCCAAGUUAUCCGUAAAGGAGUAUUCGCGGCGGGGGCCGCCUUCACUCUCUUCACCGCCAUCGUAUCUCAGUUCUAUUACAUCUGCUACUCUCGCGCCCGUGAUGAUUACCAGAAACCUCCCUACUAGAUGAAGUGAUCUCAUGCAGUAUGAUGUUAUUGGCCUUAUAUAGGAUCGUGUCUGAAAUUGGAUUUGCUUGUUGUGAUCGUUCAGUGUAUGUCUGUUUGUGUCUGUAACUACAUUUUGCAUCAGAAUGUGUUUUAAUCUGUUGUCUGUUCUUGUUUUUUGUGUAAGUAUCAAUGAAGCAGAACAUGUUUGGUUUUAAUUUAAACGUUGAAAAUCUAAA